AUGGAUAACUUAUCAAUGAAUUCAAGCGAAAUUUCAACAAGAAUCGUUGGAGGAUACAUGAUUUUUGCAGCAUCAAUCGGUGUCUUGGUAAAUUUGUUCAUGUUUUAUCACUUCAUAUCACUUGAAAAAACUGUGUUUUACAUUCUAUGCUCGUCGAAAUCCAUCUCAAAUACUUUGGUUUUACUUAUCUAUUUUGGUUUUGUUGGUCCCACUAAUGCUUUUUACAAAGCAAUGGGUUCUGACAUGUUGAGUGGUUAUCUGUAUCAGGCCAUGGGGUUUGGGCUCUAUUUGCAAGGUCCCACAACUCAGCUAAUGAUAACCAUUAACCGAUUCCUUGUGGUAUGGUGCUCCCCGGUCAAUACUCCAAGGUACAGUACCCGGAUUACUGUAGCCGCAAUGACAAUCUCAUGGGUUUUUACAGUUUGGUUCUCCACUCUAGUUGGAAUGCCGGACAUUUGCCGGCACCCAUUCGCUUUUGCCCAUGUGCCUUACCCGAAAUAUAAAAAGAAAGACUAUGAGUGCACUAACAUGUUGAUAAACUUUUUAUUUUCGACGAUAUUUUUAUUGGCAGUUUCUACAAAUUUCAUGAAUAUCUUGAUAGCUAUCAAGUUGUUUUGUUUGUCGAAAUCCACAAGCUCCCUGUCCUCGGAGAUCGCCAGAAGUCGGCGGAAAUCUAAAAUCCGCUUCUUCCUCCAAUCAUGCUUUCAAGAUUGGAUAUGCAUGGUUGACGUGGCAGUCAACUACACUUCUGUCACAUAUUGUGUGAAUGACGUUUGUAAACUACUGGUCAGUAUGGGAUUUGAUGUGAUGGUCUACGUGGCUGAUGGAUUGAUCAUGUAUUUCUUCAACUAUCGCUUGAAUUUGAAGCCAAAGUUAAUACCAAGUGCCCGGAAAACUGUGAAAGUUGGCUCGAGUAAAAUUUCACAGUCUCCAGUGUCUUCGUGA